AGUCGUGAGUGCAGGAGCCAGACUGGGACCCAGGAUCAGUCGUGGCAUCACCUCCGUGAUAGCUCACUGCCGUCGGGUGGAGGGGAGUGGGAGACUCCGGAUCCGGUGCAAGCAGCCUUUCUGAGACUCUGUGUUGCUGGGAGGUGUCAGUGGCAUUGCCCAAGACUCCUCGGAGCGACCGGGAUUGUUUCUGUCGGAGGAGACACUGCAGCCGGGGCUCUGGGACAGAGGAGGCGUCAGCCGGAGUGAGUGUGGGGGUCCCGGGACGCCUGCCUUACCUGCCUUACCUGCGUGAAGAGCUACGAUGGCCGUGAACAAGAGCCCCACCCUGAUGGAUGGAGACUGCCCCGAGCAGGAGAAUGUGCUGCAGCGAGUCCUGCAGCUGCCCGUGGUGAGCGGCACCUGCGAGUGCGUCCAGAAGACCUACACCAGCACCAAGGAGGCCCACCCGCUGGUGGCCUCCGUGUGCAACGCCUACGAGAAGGGCGUUCAGGGCGCCAGCAGCCUGGCCGCCUGGAGCAUGGAGCCCGUGGUCCGCAGGCUGUCCACCCAGUUCACAGCCGCUAAUGAGCUGGCCUGCCGAGGCCUGGACACCCUGGAGGAGAAGAUCCCGGCCCUCCAGUACCCCCCUGAGAAGAUUGCCUCCGAGCUGAAGGGCACCAUCUCCACCCGCCUCCGCAGCGCCCGGAACAGCAUCAGCGUGCCCAUCGCCAGCACGUCGGACAAGGUCCUGGGGGCCGCCCUGGCCAGCUGUGAGCUCGCCUUGGGGGUGGCCAAAGACACAGCGGAGUACGCCGCCAAAACCCGAGUUGGCCGGCUGGCCUCUGGGGGCGCUGAGCUGGCCGUGGGUGGUAUGGAGAAGGUGGUGGAGUUCCUCAUCCCUCCAGCCAAGGACGAGUCAGCCCCCGUUCCGGGACGCCAGCAGGCCCAGAAGCCUCCCAAGACCAAUCGCAGCCUCAUGAGUCGGGUGGGGAACCUGGCCAACACCGUCUCUCAGCACACCUUCCAGACCACAAAGCAGGUGCUGAAGCAGGGCCACGCCCUGGCCAUGUGGAUCCCCGGGGUGGCACCCCUGAGCAGCCUGGCCCAGUGGGGAGCGUCAGCGGCCUCGCAGGUGGUGAUCCGGCGGCCGAGCGAGGUGCGGGUGCCCUGGCUGCACAACCUGGCCGCCGCCGCCGCUGCCGCCCGCGAGGCGAACCACGAUGACCAGACAGACAGUGAGGGGGACGAGGCCAAGGAGAAGGAGAAGGAGGACUCGGACUCGGAGACGGAGGAGCAGCUCAGCGAGGCAGCAGACCUGGCACGCCCACAAGGCCUCCUGGGCAGCGCGGUGCACACCCUGCAGAAGGCUGUCCAGGGCACCAUCUCGGUCAUGCUGUGGGCGCCCACCGCUGUGCUGGGCACGGCGGGGAGGAUGCUGCACCUCACGUCGGCCCCCGCUGCCACCUCGACCAAGAGCAGGGCCAUGUCGCUGUCAGACGCCCUGAAGGGGGUCACGGACAACGUGGUGGACACGGUGGUGCACUACGUGCCGCUCCCCAGGUUGUCCCUGAUGGAGCCCGAGAGCGAAUUCCGGGAAAUCGAGGAGCUGAAGCGCAGGGCAUCGGCGGCGCCCACCUGCCCGGAGCCCGCACAGCGCCCGGCGCAGCACCGGGGCAGCCUGCGCAGCGCCAGGGGGCCGGGCCUGGAGGACAGAGGGGACCUGCCCACGGCGCUGAGCAACACGUUCCCGGCCGUGCCCCGCGAGAAGGCGCGCAGGGUCAGCGACAGCUUCUUCCGGCCCAGCCACAUGGAGCCCAUCCUGGGCCGCGCGCAGUACAACCAGCUGCGCAAGAAGAGCUGAGCGCCCGGCUGCCCGCCGCACCGGGAGCCCGCGUCGCCAGCGAGUAAGAACCUCCGCGUCCGAGAGCGUGGACUUCUUCAAAGCAGCCCUGGCACCCGGCGCCCCGCACCCCAUCUUUUGAGCAUCCUUUUGGGGCUAAGUCUGCAGUCAAUUUUUAAGAAAAAUCAGAGCAGCAACCUGCUUUGAUUCUCUUUUGUUUUUGUUAAUCCUCACCUGAGGAUAUUUUUCCAUUGAUUUUUAAGGAGAGAAGAGAGA